CAGAUUAUAUGCUAAUUAGUGCAGGAGUUUUUGAAAAGUGGAAUUUUCCAAAUUGUUUGGAUUCAUUUGAUGGCAAACAUUGUGUUAUUCAAGUUUCUCCUCUGGCAGUUUAUACCACAAUUAUAAGAAAAUAUUUAGUGUAGUAUUAAUGGUUGCUUAUGAUUCAAAUUAUAAAUUCACCUUAAUCUAUAUUGGCUCGUAUGGAAGUCAAAAUAAUGCAGAUAUAUUUUAUGAAUCUGAAUUCGGAAAUAUGUUAAGAAUACAAAAAUUAAAUGUGCUGAGAAAAAUAGAAAAAUUGCCAGGAAAUAAUGAAACAGCUGGAUAUUUUUUUAUUGGAGAUGAAGGGUUUCCUUUAUCAAUAAAUCUAAUGAAACCUUACUCAGGAAGAAACUUAAAUGAAAACGAAGAAAUAUUUAACUAUAGAUUAUCACAUGCACGAAGGACAAUAGAGAAUGUAUUUGGGAUUUUAGUUUCUCGUUGGAGAGUAUUACGUAAACCUAUAUGCAUGUAUCCUAACACUGUUGACAAAAUAAUCUUGAGUACAGUAUGCCUUCAUAACUUUUUAAAAAGCAGCCUGCAAUCUAUAAUAGAUUUUAUUGUCCUCCUAACUUCACUGAUACUGAAAGUAAUAAUGGAGAUGUAAUCAACGGUGCUUGGAGAGAAAAUAAUGUACAUAUUCAAAACAUUCAACCAUGCAAUGCUCGUCGAGCCACAAUU